AUUACGCAAGGAGAAAGGCUCACAAGUGGUUGGUACCCUCACCAUUGAACUAAACGAUUUACACGUACAACAAUCAAGCAACACGCCUAACAAUAGUUCGCCAGCGCCUAACGACGAGACCACAUCCACAACAGCCACGCCCAAUCGUACUGAAUCUCCAAUAGCACCUGUUGCUUCAGCCCCGCCCCCUUUAUCUGAGCCUCUGUUGAAUGUCACUCCUAGUCCUCAGAUUUCGCGGCAAACCUCGCCCGGUGGACCAGAGCCGUCCCAACCAGUAAACCAGGGUCCCUCCCCUCAACCGGUAGACCGGCGUCCUUCUCCUCAAGCCACUCCACCGGUGUCUGUAUUGACCACACCCACUCCUGAUCCAAGAGGGGCGGGUCAGGCUCCUCCUCCUCCUAUUCGACCUUUUCAAACUCCCUCUCUCCAUCCAUCGGGGCUACAGCAACCACCACAACCAGCUCCACCCACCAGCUCAAUGCCAGCUGCUGCAGCUGCUAACAGAGGCAACCCUCCUCCACUACCAAGAGGGUGGGAAGAGAGAAGGGAUGCCCAGGGUCGUUCCUAUUACGUAGAUCACAACAGUCGUACGACCAGUUGGGAGAGACCAGAGCCCCUCCCUGCCGGCUGGGAGAGGAGGACCGACCCCAGGGGACGUGUCUAUUUUGUUGAUCACAACACUCGGACCACAACCUGGCAGAAACCGACAGUAGAGUCACUGAGGAACUAUCAGCAAUGGCAGGAGAGGACUACAGCUAAUCUACAAGAAAGGAGUCAGCAGCACUCCCAGCGGUUCUUGCUGGGUACCUCUCGUCCUCCUGAUGCCGGCAGUACUGCUGACUCAGCAUCCACUGCUGCCCCUCCCCCCAAGAACAAUGCCAUUGCACCACUACCUGAUAACUGGGAAAAGAGGCUCCUACCCAAUGGUCGUGUAUAUUUUGUCAAUCACAAGAGUAAGACCACCCAAUGGGAGGACCCCAGACUCUCAAUGACGGACCAGCUCCCUCUACCACUGGGAUGGGAGAUGAGGUUCACUGAGCAGAAUGUGAAGUAUUUCGUGGAUCACAACUCAAGAACUACUACCUUUCAAGACCCGAGAAAAUCAGCUGAUGAUGGUAAAGGAGGUGGUCCCAUUGGUCAGUACGGUGUGGCCAUGCAGUACGAGAGGAGCUUUAAAUGGAAAGUCGGUCACUUUAGAACAUUGUGCUCGAACAAUGCAUUGCCUCAGCACAUUAAGAUCCACUGCUCUCGUGACACAAUCUUUGAAGACUCAUUCCAACAAGUGAUGAGGUUUCAGUCUCAAGACUUAAGGCGGCGACUCUACAUCAUGUUUCGUGGGGAGGAGGGGCUUGAUUACGGGGGCGUGGCCAGAGAAUGGUUCUUCCAUCUUUCCCAUCAAAUGUUAAACCCAAUGUAUUGUCUAUUUGAAUAUGUCGGUGACAAGAAUUAUCAGCUACAGAUCAACCCAGCUUCUGGCGUUAAUCCCGAACAUCUUCAAUACUUCCGUUUCAUUGGUCGCAUUGUUGCCAUGGCACUAUAUCAUGGUAAGUUCAUAGACAAUGGUUUCAGUAUGGCCUUCUAUAAGCAACUCCUACACAAGAAGCUCUCACUCAAAGAUUUGGAACACAUUGAUCCUGAAUUCUACAAUUCACUUGUCUGGAUUAGGGAUAACAAUAUAGAGGAGUGUGGUUUAGAGAUGUAUUUUGCUCAAGAUUAUGAUGUACUGGGUGUGGUCAACAGUCAUGAACUAGUUGAGGGAGGAGCUGAUAAACUGGUCACUGAUGAGAACAAACAUGAAUAUAUUGAUUUGGUGCUUCAGUGGCGGUUCUCUAGAGGCGUGAAGGACCAAACGAAAUCCUUCAUGGAGGGAUUUGAGGAGGUGGUCCCUAUUGAAUGGAUCAGCAUAUUUGAUGAAAGAGAAUUGGAACUCAUGUUGUGUGGUAUGCAGGAGAUUGAUGUCAAUGAGUGGGAGAGGAACACAAUAUAUCGGAACUAUACCAGAGGAACCAAACAAAUACAAUGGUUCUGGCAAACUGUUAGAGAGAUGGAUAAUGAGAAGAGGGUUAGGCUCCUCCAGUUUGUCACUGGUACUUGUCGUCUCCCAGUUGGUGGAUUCGUGGAACUAAUGGGAAGCAAUGGUCCUCAAAAGUUUUGCAUUGAUAGAGUUGGUAAAGAAACCUGGCUGCCUAGGAGCCAUACCUGUUUCAAUAGAUUAGAUCUUCCUCCAUAUAAAAGUUAUGACCAGCUCAAGGAGAAGCUUUUGUUUGCCAUUGAAGAAACUGAAGGAUUCGGGCAAGAAUAAUAAAAGCCAACGAGUCCAUGAUAAAGAAAUAGAAAUCUCACAAAGUUUUAUUAUUUAACAAUAAUUUUAUUAUGAUCAUCUAUGUAUUAUAUAAUAAUAAUGAGAGGAGAGAAGACGAUAGAGAAUAUAUAUUAUAGUCUCUAACUCUCUUUAUGUGAUUGUGUAUGUGUGCAUGUAUUUGUGUAUGUGUGUAAUUUUAGUAUUACUCUAUUGUGGGUAUUCUUGUGUUGCUAUUGAUUGUACUUGUACGUGCUGCUCUCUCUAUUUAUUGUCUGAAUGUGUUUGUGUUUAUUAGUGUUUUGUAUUCUUUCGUUUUCUAAAAUGACUAUAAUUAUACACUAGCAAA